UUUUUUUUCGUUUGUUUGUUUUUCAAUCAUGGAAGUGCUUUCCAAGACGAAAUUUAACUACAAAGUGCUUUUCAUAAUUUUCGCGGUACUUUUUUCAGUCGGAGUUGUUUUCGGCUUUCUUGGAUUCCCAAAAUUGCUCGAAUAUGUGAUAACGAAGAACAUGAAACUGAUGCCGGGAAACGCGAUAAGAGAAAUGUUUUUGAAGGUCCCGUUUCCCUUGACUUUCAACGUUUAUUUGUUCAAUGUAACGAAUCCAGAUGAAGUUCAGAUGGGGAAAACUCCUGUCGUGCACGAAGUUGGUCCUUAUGUGUUUGAGGAAUGGAAAGACAAAUAUGACGUCGAAGAUGACGAAGUUCAUGACAAAUUAUCCUUCAACCUCCGAAACACGUUCAUUUAUCGACCGGAUUUGACACUUCCCUUAACUGGAGCGGAAAUAUUUACAAUGCCUCAUUUAAUUCUCAUGGCAGGAUCAAUUGCUGCCUACAAAGAUCGCCCCGAGAUGAUGAAUCUCGUAGUCAGUGGCAUGGAUGCCAUUUUUGACAAUCCUACAACGCCAUUUGUAACGGCAAAAGCUUACGAUCUCAUCUUUGACGGGCUUCUCAUCAACUGCAAUAAAUCAGAUUUUGGCGCGAAAGUGAUCUGUGCUGUCAUGCGGAACGAAAUGAUGGAUCAGUUUGAGGUUAUCGACGAAAGUCACUUGAAAUUGUCACUUUUGAAAGCACAAAACCAUACUGACGCUGGUCGAUAUUCAGUGUAUCGAGGACGCACCAAUGUCAAAGACGUUGGCAAAAUUAUCGAAUACAAUAACGAACUUGAGUUGGAUACAUAUGAAAAUGAUACGUGCAAUCAAUUUAACGGCACAGAUGGACUAAUUUUCCCUCCGUUUUUGAAAGAAACCGAUGAAAUUUGGGCCUUUGAACAUUCGUUAUGUCGAUCGUUUGCGGUGAAAUUUCAAUCGAAAUCUAGUUUUGAAGAUAUUCAAACGUCACGGUUCGCACUUGAAAUUCCCGAUGUCAAGAAUGAUCCAAAUUUGUGGUGCUUUUGUAAAAAUCCUCCAAAUGAUUGUCCCGUAAAAGGAACUUUUGACUUGUCAAUGUGUACGAGUGCGCCAUUAGUAGGGUCAAAGCCACAUUUUUACGAUGCAGAUCCAGUUUUGAGAUGUCAUGUGAGGGGAUUGAAUCCGCAAAAGGAGUUGCAUGAAAGUGUUGUUGACUUUUAUAUGUUAACAGGCACCCCAUUAAACGGAGCAAGACGUCUUCAAAUAAAUUUAGAUAUGGUUCCCGUUCCCACAUACCCAAUUUUAAAGGAUCUUCCAACAGCUCUUCUUCCAAUGAUUUGGCUCGAAGAAAAAAUUACCAUGAACAAAACCUUCGUGGAUGACAUGAAAGUCAUUAUUUUCUUCCAAAACCUCAACAACAUUUUACGAUACGUGUGCAUCUUGUUUGGAGCAAUUGGCGGCGCUGUUUCCGCCUACUACCUCAUAAACGGUCCCACGAAGAAACUCGCUUUGGAGAAACGGUUAUCAAUGUAAAUGUGACGGAAAUUGUGAUUGAUUGGCUGUCGAGUGGAAACCAAUCGGCGUGCUACAAAUCACAUGUGGCGAUGCAUUUUGCCUGUUGUGUGUUAUUUAAAUUAUAAUUUGAUUGUUACAAGCCUGUAUUUCGUAGAAUUAGAGGAAAAUUGAAAAAUAUGAACUUGAAAUUAAAUCAAUAA